AUGGCUCAAAGGAUCAAAACAAAGCCAAAGCCAAACUAUGAUCGGAAAGCAAAGCACCCGGACUAUGUCCAAUUUCGGUGCAAUGCCUAUGCUUUCAACAGCAUCAUUAGAGACAUAAAGGACAAGCUCAAUGAAAGGCAGAAGAAGCUUCUCAAGAAAACCCCUUUCUGGAACUUGAUCGAGCUGUUUUACCGCCAGAGAAUUGACAUGAAUAACAUGAAUAAGUCGGACAUUGACUUAGCACAGCUGCUCAAGACAUUUGAUCCGGAUACAAAGUCCUUCAAAUUUGGAACCAAAUCGUUCCAAAUCACAAGCAAUGCAGUGACUCAGAUUCUAGGACUGCCAAAUGAAGGCAAAUCUGUCAAACUUGUCAAUGAUAGGUACACUGCUACCUUCAGAACAAGGCACUUUGGAGAAAAGGGAAAACCUUCAAAAAACCAGGAGGUGGUCAGCCUAAUAUUGAUUCUGCUGUGCAUGACAUUCCUUUUUACCAACUCUUCAUCUACUUUGCAUUGGAAAUUAUUUGAGCACUGCGUGAAUCUAGACACACUUUCAAGCUAUUCGUGGGCAAGAGCUGUUUCAGACUACAUGAAUGAAUCCUUGACCGCAAAAGCAAAAGCAAAAGCAAAGAAGGGAGGAGAAGCCUCUAUAGGAGCUGUUUCGGGUUGCACUAUCCUAAUAUUGUUUCUACUGUGUGAGAGGACAAACAUCAUACAACCAAUCCUUGGCAAGGAGAAAGAAACUCCUGCCAUUCUUAAAUGGAGUCUUGUGGAACUCCACACAAGAUUCAACCAAAUAAAGGACUUGAAUGACAUCGAGGGUAUUUUCAAAACUCCUAAAAAGCGAAAAACUACCAGGGAAGAGGAAGACACUGUUGAGAAGGGUAUUUUGAAAACAUAUAAAAAGAGAAAAACUACCGGAGAAGAGGGAGACCCUCUUGACAAGGAAAAAGAAAAAGAAGAUGAUGAGGGAAAACCUGAUGAUGCAAUUCAAGACCUCUUGGUGAAGUCCAUGACAGACCAAAUCAACUACCGCCAACAACAAGAUCCUAGCUUCGUUUGCCCGGAAAGAUUACAACUGUGGAAGGAUGAAAAGAAUGAAGACAGUGAGAAGAAAAUGAAGGAAUUGUGGGAUAUAUUUAUCCAAGCAGAAAAGAGAUCAAAGGAGCUGGAAGUGGAGUUGGCAACAUACAUAGAGAAAUUAGAUAAUGAAGAAUGUGUGACUGCCACCAUGACAGUGGAAUCUACAGUUCAGCUUAAUGAAAUACAAAAUCUGAAAAGGAGGAUUGCAGAAUUGGAAGGCAAGGAAACUGGUAUUGACAUGGAGAAGAUUGCCAAGAAAAAGGAGAUUCAAGAAAAGUACAAGGCAGAAAUUGAAAGCUUGUUGUCAGACCCAACAAUCUUUGAAAUGGAGAUGGAUCUGCCUACAAAACAACCAACAAAACCAGUUGAAGAGAAAGAAGAAGAAAAGAAAGAAGAAGAGAAGCAACAAGAAGAGAGAGAAGAAGAGAAGAAGCAAGAUGCUCCAACACCUGAUGUUCCUUCAAGAGUACAAAGGUUGAAGAACAGAGAAAGAAAGAGGCUUCAAGCAUCUUGCUAUGUGUACGAAAAAAAUAAGAAAACAAAAAAGGAGGCAAAAAAGGAUGAUGAAGAACUACCACAAUUCAAGCUUAUCUCUUCCGAGGAGUUAACACAAGAGGCAUCUCAGCCCGAUGCCACAAAUCCAAUUCCUGACCCCCCUAAAGGAACGAGCCUUCAUGAUUCAAUACCUGUGGAUCUACAACAAUCAAGUGAUGAAGAUGAAGGACAAAAAAAGCAAACAAAGAAAAAACUAGGAUGGGGUCAGAAAAAGGUGUGGCAGAAAAUUUCAAAGCCGGACAGGGAAAGAAUUGAAAAACACUACUUAAGCACUCAACUUCGUGAUAUCUUUUGGGCAGGACUCAAUGAUGAGAAAGUGACAAACCAUGAUCUCAAAGAUAUUGUAUGGGACCUGGAACUGUCACAAAACGUUAUUGAGGCCUAUAUCCAAAUAGAGGAGGAUAAAAUAGAGCCCAUGCGGACAGAGAGUCCACAUUUUCGAAAAUAUAUAUACUAA